AUGGCGCAACCAUCGCCUCCUGUGGAUUUAUCCCAUCAUUUUGCAUCCACCACCAAAAGACGCGAGGCGAGUGGUAUCAAGGAGCUAUACAAGUACUUCUUCAUCCCGGGCAUUGCUAACCUGGCUGGUGGCCUACCAAAUGCCGCAUACUUUCCGUACGAUACUCUGGAGGCACGCGUCGCGACACCUCAGCGUUUCCAACCAUCCAACAUUGAUCCGACCAAACAGUCCGGAAAUGACACCAAGUCAUCCAGGCGGCUGAUCAUUCCCAGGGAGAGUCACACGACUAAUCUCCAGGAGAAAAUUGACAUCACCACUGCCUUGCAGUAUGGAACGGCUGAAGGCCUUCCUCCUCUCGCCUCGUUUGUUCGCCAAUUCGUCCGUCACCAUCUUCAUCCCAAUGUCCCAUACGCCGGAGGCCCCGAGACCCUCCUCACCAGUGGAGCAACCGACGGCUUCUCGAAGACAAUCGAAGCAUUCACGAAUAUCUGGAAUCCCGAGAGAGACUGGACGAGCCAGCGGGAGGGUAUUCUCUGCGAGGAAUUCGUAUAUAUGAACGCCCCUGCAACCGCCAAGCCUAGAGGUCUCAAUAUCGUACCAGUCACCAUUGACACACAGGGGAUGCUAGCCCGCGGGAAAGGAGGAUUAGCCGACGUCCUUGAAAAUUGGGAUUUCCGAAAAGGCCGUCGUCCGCAUUUGAUGUACACCAUAACGAUUGGCCAGAACCCCACGGGUGGUACGCUAUCCGUUGAGCGUAGGAAAGAGAUCUAUGCUCUCUGCCACAGAUAUGAUAUCAUCAUAGUCGAGGAUGAUCCUUACUGGAAUCUGCAGUACCCGUCGGCGGCCGUGCUGGAAUCCCAGCAUCGAGGCACACCCAUAGAUAGAACUUUCGUGAAGCGCAAUUACAACGCGCAUGGAAAGUCAUCGGGAUAUGAAUUCCUAGACUCGCUAGUCCCAUCGUACCUGUCUGUAGACACGGACGGACGCGUGGUACGUCUCGAUACUUUCUCCAAGACCAUCGCUCCUGGCUGUCGCUUGGGUUGGAUAACAGCCCAGCCAGCCGUGAUCGAAAGAUUGACUCGGAUAACCGAGACCGCAACGCAGGCGCCGUCGGGCUUUGUUCAGGCCAUGGUAGCCAAUCUGAUUUUGGGGCAACAGACAGAUGACAGUUCCGCCAAUUCGGGCAAGAGCUAUCGUAGCUGGCAGAUGGACGGCUGGAUCCGUUGGCUGGAGGGUUUGCGUGGUGGAUAUGAACGACGCAUGCAGGACAUGUGCAGCACUCUAGAGGAGGGUAAAUAUGUUGUUGCCAUGGAUUCCGGUCUUGAAAAUCCCGAGUCCAACGAUGAAAGUUCCUGGGAAGUCGUAGAUAAACUACCGAUGUACGACUUUUCCUGGCCUACCGGAGGAAUGUUUGUCUGGAUUAAGCUCCGUCUCGACACCCACCCCUUGCAUGGAAAAUAUGAACUAGCCAGGCUUUCCAAGGCAUUAUGGGUACACCUGACGCAGAAACCAUACCUCUGUCUCCUUGGUCCAGGACAGGUGUUCGCUCCCUCGCAGGAUGCCUUGGACCGUUCUUGGCAGUAUUACCGACUAUGUUUUGCGGCCAUGCCCGAAUCUGAGGUGAAGGGUAUCACGGUGAGACUGGUGGAUGGGUUCCGGUCGUUCUGGCAGAGAACAGAUUUGGAUGGCCUCGAGGAGGAAGAGGCGAUCAAUGCCAUUUACGAACCAGACACCGUUACGAUUAAUGGCACAACUUCGUCGUCCACAGCCAACUCUACACUUGAUUUAGGCACUUCGAGCUCAACAGAUCCGUUAGUCGCGACAGUGAAGCUACGAAUUCCGGAACACCCGCACCUAUCGUUUAUGCUUGGAUUCGAUGCCUCGUAUCCGGAUACACCACCCAAGGUUCUUGGGACCGCGUCUACGGCGUCGCGCGGGGAGGGCAAAGUCGCUGUCGACGUGUUGGAGGAUAUAUUGGGAAGAACAUACCAGCCUGGAGCUGUAUGCUUAUUUGAUGUGAUUAAUGAGGCGGUGGAGGCGUUCCAGGAGUUGAACAUCGGAGGAAGCAAUACCAACGAUAAUAGCAAAGAGCAAGUCGAGGAGGUGAAUGCGCCAGACUGCAAGGCUGAGGAAUUUGCCAGCUUGUCGUUGAAAGAGUCAUUCGGACUGGACAGUCCACCUAACUGGAUCUUGUCGGAUGUGGUAACGGAGAAGAAAUCCGUCUUUGUUGGGCGCGCGGCGCAUGUUACUAGUCUUGAGCAGGCUCAGGCUUAUUUGGAUUAUCUCCUGGCGACGGAAAAGAAGGUCGCGGCUGCGACGCAUAAUAUAAGUGCUUGGCGCAUUAGGCAACAGAAACCAUCAAGUGGGAAAGGCGAGUCCACGGAGAUGAUUGUGCAAGAUUGCGAUGAUGAUGGGGAGACGGCUGCUGGGGGUAGAUUGCUCCAUCUCAUGCAGUUGAUGGACGUAUGGGAUGUUGUCGUGGUAGUCACGCGAUGGUACGGCGGAGUGUUACUGGGUCCAGAUCGGUUUCGCAUUAUCAAUGCUGUCGGUCGCGAUGCGCUGGUGAAGGGUGGGUUCGUCAAGGAAUCAACUCCUGGAGGUAAUGAGAAGGGGAAGAAGAAAGGAAAGAAAUGA